AUGGCUCAAAACGAGUACUGUGCCGAUAAAGAGAAAGGUAAAAGGGGAGUCUUUGGGGUGAGUGAAGAUCAUGAAAACGGUCAGUGCGUACCUGAAGGGAUGGAUGAGAAAGCAAACUAUAUGGGAAACUAUCAGAGAGGAACUCCUUACUCUAAUUUCUACAAUCCAGGCUAUGCCAGACACCCUAAUCUGAGCUACUCUAACACCAACACUUUAAAUCCACUCUUACCCAACCCUCAACAACAAACACAACAACAACAACAACAACAACAACAAAUAAAGCCAUCAGGUUUUGAGGAAACCAUGACUAACUUCAUCAAGAUGACUCUAACCAACUUUAUAGCAAAGCAGCAGGCAUAUCAGGCUAAUGGAGGAUUCCCAGGUAACACCAAAGAAAACCCUAAGAAUGAAACUUGUAAUGCUAUUGAGUUGAGGAGAAAAAAUGUUUUGACACUUUUAGUUCGAAAAGCUUUAAAGAAGGGUGAAAAAGUAGUAGUGGAGGAAGUUGAAAAAGAAAUUGAAAAUGGAAGUCUAAAAAGCCAACUGUUGAAAGAUGGAAACAAGCCACAAGAAGUCCCAUCUUAUGUGAAGCUCCCUUAUCCUCAUUUGUCUAAAAAGAAGAAGAAAGAGGAAGGGCAAUUCAAGAAGUUCAUGGAACUAUUCUCUCAACUACAGGUUAACAUUCCUUUUAGUGAAGCUCUUGAUCAAAUGUUGAUUUAUGCUAAAUUCAUGAAAGACUUGUUAAUCGAAAGAAUAAGGCCAAAUGAUGAUGAUAAUAUUGCUCUUUCAGAAAAUUGUAGUGCCAUCCUCCAAAGGAAACUCCCUCAUAAGUUGAGAGAUCCUGAAGCAUUUACUAUUUCUUGUACCAUUGGGAAAGUGAAUGUCGGAAAAGCUUUAUGUGAUUUAGGGGAAAGUAUCAAUCUAAUGCCUCUUUCCAUGAUGAAGAAACUAGGAUGUGAUGAACCUAAACCAACAAGAAUGACCAUCACUUUAGUUGAUCGGUCAAUCUCUUACCCUUUUGGAGUGCUAGAAGAUGUGUUGGUACAAGUUAAUGACCUGGUGUUUCCUGUUGAUUUUGUAAUCUUAGAUAUGGCUGAAGAUGAAGAGAUACCUUUAUUGUUAGGUCGACCAUUCCUUGCCACAGGUCGUGCUUGUAUUGAUGUGUAUAUGGGAGAGCUGAUGUUGAGGUUCUAA